AUGAUGGCACCUCGUCGCGCCUCGUCACGCCUCGUCCCCGCCUUCGCGCUCGUCGCGCUCCUCUGCUUUGCGCGCAUCGAUCACGCCGCGUGCAAUGCGCGAUCGUUCGGCCUUCCGCGUUUCGGGGGAAGGCUCGGCGGCUUGGUGGGAGGGUCGGGGACAGGCGGCAUCUGGUCCUACUUCCGCCCCCCCGGGACCAGCGGCGCCGGGGGAAGUGGCGCGACGAGUGGCGGGCAGAGCGGGCAGAGCGGGUUUGGCUCGCAAGGAGGUGGCGGAAUGAGCGGACAACCGAGUAGUACGGGCGGAGGAGACAUGGGCGGAGGAGGCAUGGGCGGAGGAGCCAUGGGCGGAGGAGGCUUGGGCGGAGGAGGCAUGGGCGGAGGAGGCAUGGGCGGAGGAGGCAUGGGCGGGGGAGGCAUGGGCGGAGGAGGCAUGGGCGGAGGAGGCAUGGGCGGCAUGAGCGGAGGAGGCAUGGGCGGACCUGGCACGGGGGGAGGAGGCAUGGGCGGAGGAGGCAUGGGCGGAGGGGGCAUGGGCGGAGGGGGCAUGGGCGGAGGAGGCAUGGGCGGAGGGGGCAUGGGCGGAGGAGGGAUGGGCGGAGGGGGCAUGGGCGGAGGAGGCAUGGGCGGAGGAGGCAUGGGCGGAGGGGGCAUGGGCGGAGAGGGCAUGGGCGGAGGAGGCAUGGGCGGAGGAGGCAUGGGCGGGGGAGGCAUGGGCGGAGGAGGCAUGGGCGGAGGAGGCAUGGGCGGAGCAGGCAUGAGCGGAGGAGGCAUGGGCGGGGGAGGCACUGGGAUGGGCGGAGGGGGCAUGGGCGGAGGAGGCAUGGGCGGAGGAGGCAUGGGCGGGGGAGGCAUGGGCGGAGGAGGCAUGGGCGGAGGAGGCAUGGGCGGAGCAGGCAUGAGCGGAGGAGGCAUGGGCGGACCUGGCACGGGGGGAGGAGGCAUGGGCGGGGGAGGCAUGGGCGGAGGAGGAAUGGGCGGAGGAGGCAUGGGCGGACCUGGCACGGGGGGAGGAGGCAUGGACGGAGGAGGCAUGGGCGGAGGGGGCAUGGGCGGAGGGGGCAUGGGCGGGGGAGGCAUGGGCGGAGGGGGCAUGGACGGAGGAGGCAUGGGCGGAGGGGGCAUGGGCGGAGGGGGCAUGGGCGGAGGAGGCAUGGGCGGAGGGGGCAUGGGCGGAGGAGGCAUGGGCGGAGGGGGCAUGGGCGGAGGGGGGAUGGGUGGCGGGUCAUCGGGUGGGAGUACGUGUGGCAACAGCAGCAGCAGCAGGAGCGCCAAGCUCACGAGCAGCAACGGCAAGAGGUGCGGCGAGUCCCUCUGCCUGCCAUACUCCUUCCCUCCUAGCCCCAUAACCGCUUCAUGCACACUCAAGGCAUACUCAUCACUUCCCUUCGUGCCUGUCCUUCCGUCUUCCCCCUGCGCUGCUCCCCCUUUGUUCCUCCGGCCCCAUUGCCUAAACCUUAAACCCCGUGGCAGGGUGAUGGCAAGCAACGGGUGUCCGGGGUACGAGUGGCGAGUGCAGGGCACGGUGAAUACGCCAGUGCAGCAGACUCUCUCCUUGUCUGUGCCGCUCGCCCCCACGCUCGCCUCCUCUGCCAUUCCUGUCUCCGUGGGCGGCUGCAAGAUGGGGCCCAUCGGCUUUGCCCUCAACGGCGUGCCCUUCUACAGAUAG